AUGGUCUGCAGCUCCGCUUGUCCCGGAGUUUACUGUGUGGCGGAUCGCAUGUCCAAUAGAGGCGGCGUGCGUUUGGGAACCGGAGACUCAGUGACGGGUGCCAUGUCGAGAAGGAGACGACCGACUGCAAUUGUGAGGACGAGACCAGAGGAGUGUGGAGGGAACGCUGAGGCGGAUUACUUUGAGGGGGUGGGAGGUGGACGAUGCAGAUUUCGAUUGAGGAUGGGCCUGAGCGUGGAAGUGUUGGCUUGGGUGAACGGAAGGAGACACUUGACGGAAGGGAUCGGGAUAUGA